AUGGGAAGCACAGGCGAAUUGGAGGACAUAGCAACUACAAGUAGGACAGUGAAAAAGCUUUGGAGAAGAGGUGGUCAGGCAAAAGAACAACUCCAAGUGCUUAAUGCACUUGAUGUGGCCAAAACACAAUGGUACCAUUUCACUGCAAUUAUAAUUGCUGGCAUGGGCUUCUUCACCGAUGCCUAUGAUAUCUUCUGUAUCUCUCUUGUCACCAAAGUGCUCGGCCGCAUAUACUAUCAUGUUGAUGGUGCAGCCAAACCGGGCAGUUUGCCACCAAACGUGGCGGCAGCGGCCAAUGGCGUCGCCCUUUGUGGCACGUUUGCGGGCCAACUCUUUUUCGGGUGGCUCGGAGACAAAAUGGGCCGCAAAAAAGUCUAUGGCAUGACCCUUAUGCUCAUGGUCAUUUGCUCAAUUGCCUCUGGCCUCUCAUUUGGCAAAGAUCCUGCGGCUGUUUUGGCCACACUUUGCUUCUUUCGAUUCUGGCUCGGGUUCGGCAUUGGCGGCGAUUACCCGCUUUCCGCCACCAUCAUGUCCGAGUAUGCUAAUAAAAAGACUCGUGGAGCGUUCAUCGCGGCCGUGUUUGCCAUGCAAGGUUUUGGAAUUUUGGCGGGUGGAAUUGUGGCAAUUAUAGUCUCUGCUGCUUUUAACGCCGCUUAUCCUGCCAAGCCUUAUUCCGAAGAUCCUCUUGGCUCUACCGUCCCCCAAGCUGACUAUGUUUGGCGGAUAAUUGUGAUAUUUGGUGCCAUCCCCGCCGCACUAACGUACUACUGGCGGAUGAAGAUGCCUGAAACAGCCCGUUACACCGCCUUAGUGGCCAAGAAUGCUAAACAGGCCGCUGCCGAUAUGUCCAAAGUGCUUCAAGUUGAAUUAGAAGUAGAACAGGAAAUAACUGAGAAGAGAAGAGGAAACGAUUUUGGGUUGUUUUCGAAGGAGUUUUUGCGACGCCAUGGGCUUCACUUGCUUGGAACCACUAGUACAUGGUUCUUAUUGGACAUUGCUUUCUAUAGCCAAAACCUGUUCCAAAAGGACAUUUUCAGUGCAGUUGGGUGGAUUCCUCAAGCCGAAACGAUGAACGCCAAUGAAGAGGUUUACCAAAUCGCCAGGGCCCAAACUCUCAUAGCUCUCUGCAGUGCCAUUCCUGGAUACUGGUUUACUGUGGCAUUAAUUGAUAAAAUCGGGCGAUUUGCAAUUCAAUUAAUGGGCUUCUUCUUCAUGACAGUGUUCAUGUUUGCCUUGGCCAUUCCUUAUGAUCACUGGACUCAUAAAGACAACAGAAUUGGGUUUGUGGUUAUGUACUCAUUAACCUUCUUCUUUGCCAAUUUCGGUCCAAACGCCACAACUUUUAUUGUUCCAGCUGAGAUUUUCCCAGCAAGGCUGAGGUCAACAUGCCAUGGAAUAUCAGCAGCCACUGGGAAGGCUGGAGCCAUUGUCGGGGCGUUCGGGUUUUUAUAUGCUUCUCAAAGCACGGACCCCAAAAAGACUGACGCUGGCUAUCCACCGGGCAUUGGUAUGAAGAAUUCACUCAUUGUUUUGGGUUGCAUCAACUUCUUUGGUAUGGUGUUCACUUUCUUGGUCCCUGAAUCAAAGGGAAAAUCAUUGGAAGAAAUUUCACAAGAGAAUGAGGAAGAAAGUGAAUCAGCAACAGAGAUAAGGCCACAGGCUGGUGGUCAUGAUAUUAUUAGGACAGUUCCAGUUUAA